UUUAAAAAGCGAAGGCGACGGCGAAGGCGAUUUGACGGACAACUAAGACCCAAAAAAGUAGAUGAAGACGAAGUCUAACAAAAACAAUGAACAUGCAACGUAAAAGGGGGAAGAAAAAACUAAAAAAAAAAUUGAAAAAUGUAAAAAAAAAUAGCUGAACUUCACUUAUUAAGCUGUCGAAAGCGAAGAGCGUAUAGCGUAUAAAAGUCAGCUGAAGAUGGCAAGAGUCAUACAGUUCACAGCGAAUAGCCAAGUAAACCACCAACCAAUCAACCACCAGACAGCUCAACCAAGUACAGAAAUGCGUGGACUCAUUGUCUUGUGUCUCUCUGCCGUGGCGUUGGCCGCACCACAAGGCUACAACUAUAAUCCUGGCCCCUCAGCUGUGGCAGGCCUGAGUAGCAUCAGUGGCAGUGGCGCCAGCUUCUUCCAGGCAGCUCAGCAGCAGCAGGUCCAUUUUCAACAGCCCCAGCAGCAGACGUUCUUCCAGCAACAGUCCGGAGUAAAUCAGCAGUAUCAUGCAGAGCAACAUCAACAGCAGCAGCAGCAGCCGAUUGUGUCCAAGCGCUUCUUCAUUCACUCGGCGCCCGAGGAUAUUGAAGAGGAGUAUAAGGAGCGUCACAUUACAGUGGGCGUGCCCAAGCGCAACUAUAAUGUGGUCUUCAUCAAGUCUCCACAGCGCUCCAACAAGAAGACCUCCAUCAAGAUCAGCCCCGCCGUCAACGAGGACAAGACUGUCAUCUAUGUGCUGAGCAAGAAGACCGACAGCUCCGACAUCCACGCCGAGGUCGUCGAGCAGCCUAGCUCCACCAGCAAGCCGGAGGUCUUCUUCAUCAAGUACAAGACCAACGAGGAGGCGGCACAUGCCCAGCAACAGAUCCAGGCCCAAUAUGAUUCCCUUGGUGGAACUAGCCAACUGACCGAUGAGGGUGUCGCCCCCGUCACCUCUGUCAUCGGCGCCCUCGGUGGACAAACUGGUGGUGAUGCCGGCGCCACAGCUGUUGGCAGCACGGGCAUUGGUGCCUCUGCCGGUCAGGUCAUCUCCCAUCAGGCUGUCACCAGUGGACAUGGCCACACAAGCAAUGCAUAUCUGCCGCCCAGUUUCUAAGUAGUUGAGCUCAACCCUUACUUGUAUCCCCUCAAACUGGUUGUUAAUAAAUUUGA